GGUCGAGAAGCACCAUCUCAAUAUCGCGACGACAUUUUGCGCCUCCAUCUCGCGGCGCCCCAUCUCCGCUAUCCUCUGACGAAGUGUCCUUGCGCGGAACGCAUCACCGACUCCCCCGAGAGCACCGCCCAACCUGAGCGCGUCGGAUGGGAGGUGCCGCGACUGACGUGACAGGCUUCCCUGCCUGCUGAGCCCACACUCGCUAGCCUCCGGUCCCUCCUCUCUUUCGUCUACGUAUCGAGGGAUUCUGAUUCAAAGCCGUCGCCAUGGCUCAGCCUCAGCCGCAAGCGCAGAUGCCGCCGCGCGCGUUCUCGCCUCCACAGCACUCUCCCUCGCCGGCCGCGUCGCAGUCGAGCUUUGCGCUUCCACCAAACAAACGAGUUCGCACCGAUGGUCCCUCUUCGCAACCCGAGUCGCCAUACGCUACAUCGCCGUACACUGCCAGCCCCGUGGCCUCUGGUACGCCUCCAGCGGCCGCGGGAUCGCCUGCGUACGCGCAAACCCCGGCCCUGCCGGGAGCGUAUUCUACGCCGUACACCAACGGACACACUACCCCCGGCCUGAACCUACCAAACGCGCAAACGAACUCGACGCCUCCCAUACAACCUCAGCACCACAUGCCAGCACCUCUACCUCAAUACACAGCGGCCACGAUGGCUCCGACCCAUACCCCGGCAGUUGCUCCAUCUCCAGGACCUGGCGUUAUGGGACCUCCACAGCGACCGGCUGAACGGCCGACUAAAGAUUACGAAUACGAUGUUACCGAUUCUCUCGCCGGCACCGGUAUCGAUCUUCGGGCUGAGGAGCAGUACAUGAACGACCUGUACUCGAAUAACUUCGAUGCCAGCGAUGCAAGGACGGGGUUCGCACACAAUCCCCCUGGGCCUAAGUCCGCAUUUUAUGGUGCUGGACCUGCAAAUCAGCCCGCUCAAGCCACGACGGAUCAGGCUCAAAACCAAUUUGCGGUCCAGGAAGCUGAAAGGGCUUGGUCGGAGUCAUCGAUGCGGCUUGCGGUACAAAGGACCCAAGAGAUCAAUGACCCCUUCCUGUUAGUAGCCAUGUUGCACCGCCGUGCGGAAAGGAUAGCGAGAGAGCAUCAUCUCGGGCUUAAUCUUGAUCUCAAGAAUAACAGCCAGACAAUGGGGAAGAUGAGGCUUCCAGAGCAGUUCCCCCAGCCGCGGGUCAAUGUCAAGGUCACACCGGGUCCGGACUCAACAAUGGUUAGCACCACGGGUUCCUACAUUCCCCAAGACGCAUAUCUGGUCGACCAACUUGCCUUGAUGUCGAUAGCGACAAAGCAGAGGCUGCGCGAGCUUGUCGAAGACGCCAGCGUAAUCGCGACCACUCGCCAGAAAACGUCACAUGGCGAUGUUCCCGAUGAUUGGGCUCCUGCCGCAGCACCGAUGAAUGCCGAACCCCUGGGGCUUGUGGAAGAUGCUCAAAACGGAGAAGUAGCGGAUGGUGUUGACGGGGACCGCUCGAAUUCAUUAAAGCGUUCAAUCGACGCAGCCGGUCUAGGAAAUGGUAUACCACCUGCAAAGUUGCCCAAGAUCUCGUCAUACAUGACGGUCACGAUGCGUGAGUUGGCGCGACAAGAACGCGAGUGGGAAGAGGCACGAUUACGAAAGCGCCAGAAACGCAAAGAUGGCAUCCCAGACUCGGGGACCACAACCUCGCGUGCUGGUAGUGUGGCGCCUGGUACACCGGGUUCUGUUGCGCCGGAGCCAGAGAAAGCCCUAACCAAGAAGGAGAUGAAAAAGAACCAAGCGAUGAAGGCUGCCGAGGCCAACAGUCACGCAAACCAGAACAUAACGAGUAGCAUGUUCGCCGGGCUAGGAGGCAAGGGUGGUCUUUUUGGCAAGAAGAAGACGGGCAAGACGUACGACUGGAUGAAUGUGGGACGUGGAGGAAGUGGUACCAGCACGCCCACCAAGAACGCACCUGGCCCAGGCAAAGGAGCUGGAGGUCCGGGUAGUGCUCCGGGGCCGGGAAUCCUUGCUAUGACUACGGAAGGCCGAAACCGACUCGGUACGUGGAGAGAAGACAAGGAGAAGGGCAGGAAUAUCCAGUUGCGGGACUGGGUCACAGUGCUAGAGCGAGACGGCCGGGAACACCGAGCCCUCCAAAGGGCAUACAUGCACCUGGACGCAUCAAACCCCAAAUAAAAUAAGUUGGAAUGGCGAGUAAUGGAAGACUGGGAACAGGAAAUGGGGAACGGGGAACAGGUGGGCAUCAGGGCUAAGAAAGAGGGGAGAUACCCUGCGCCGUGUAUGUUUUGUGAGAUUUUACUUAGCCCGGCGUUAUCUUAAGGCAUAGGGAAAGGCAUGUUUGGGCAUUGCCAGCUGCAACCGAAUCAGGAUGCAGGAUGAAUGCUCGGAGGGGGAAGACUGACGGAGAGGGAGACAAGCCACGCUGAAGCGUUGCAUUGACUUGUGUAGUAUUUCUGAACUUGGGAAGCGGAGAUGGGCCAAUGCCAGGCCAAAGGAUGAAGAAGCAGAUAGGGAAAGAGAACAAAAAAUCCUCACAUG